GAAACUGCAAAGAAGCCAUUCCGGCUCCCAUCAUCCUGCGGCGAGUCAUUGCACAUUGUCCGUCGUCGACCGAUCUCCGAUCUGCGGCGCCGCCCAUCCCGAGUCAUUCUCGACCCGACCGCCGCUUCCCCCACUGUUUCUUCUCUGCCUGAUGGAGAACGGCCCGACGCCAGCGAAACGAAGAGUCUCAUCACGUCGUUAGUUUCCCAUAAUGCCGAACUAACACCGCACCCGAUUGCCUUAGACUACCUGAUACUGCGUGCGUUUUCGACCGAAUAUCAAGGUUUUUGUUCACCCACCUGCCUGGGCACCUCAGCGACCAACAGUUGAAGCAGGCGUCCUCUGCAAGCGCCCUCUUUCCCCCUUACAGUUGAACUGGCGAAGAUGGCGCAACACGGCUUCUCCAUGAACGGGCAUGGUGGGAUCGACCCAAACGAUCUAGCCAUGACGGGCAAUUAUCAGGCGCCAUUUCAACAUAACUUCAAUCACAACAAUCCUUCGAAUUUCUCGAGCGGCUCAGCGGGCUUUGGAGACGAUGAACUCUUGGAGGGGCUGAACAGCCCGAUCGAGGCUCCAUCCGGAGUCCAGGACUUCGGUAACAUGAACGAUAUGGGCGUCAGUUACUCUCACGGAGUAUACGGCUCGCAUCCGGGGCUGCCGAUAAACCAGCAGUCACUGAAUGGGUACUCGAGCACCCCGGAUGGCGAUCCGAUCCAGAGCCCGUUUGCCCACAACUUUGCGUAUCGGCAGAUGGGGCACGCACAGUCCUUUGGUGCCCUUAAGUCACCACUCUCCUAUGCGGGGUCACCUCUUGCGAAUGCCGAGCUGAACGACAACAACGACCCAAAUUUUCUGAGUGCUCAGGCCCAGGCACGCAACCGUCUCGCAAACGCCAUGCAGCGCAAACCUUCGUCAACUGCCAGAGGAUCUCUCACGCCCAAGUCGGCGGCGAUGACUGGGAUGACGGUCAAUUCCGAAUCAACCUUCGGAGCUCAGCCGAUUAGAACAACGGGCGCCCAUCACGAAAAGUCGCAUUCAGGUCAAUGGAUUCAGACACCUAACAGUCUUUCCUCAUUCCCCGGUUCUGGAUUCUCCUCCCCACUUCAGCAGGGCCUCCCCGGCAACCAAAUCAAUGACCUCAUUCUGAAGGGCGGCGUCUCGAUGCCCGCCAAGCUCGGUGCAUCUUCGGCUGCCGCUGCGUCGACCCAAGAAGCGAGGCGCAAGCGUAGGCGCGAAUCUCACAACCUUGUCGAGCGUCGUCGACGUGACAACAUCAACGAGCGUAUCCAAGAUCUGAGCAAGCUGGUCCCGUUGCACCGCCUCGAGGACGAGAAAAUUAGGAAGGCCAUUCAGAAUGGCACCCCACUCUCACCUACCCUUUCUGGCAUCGGCGGUUCUUCGCAGGCAACUUCGGGUCUGGCAGGCCCUGGUGCACGACGGGCUGCGGGUGGAAGCGCAGGGAACAUCACAACAGGCCUUCCCGUUGAGGACAAGGACAAAGGGCCGAACAAGGGUGAUAUUCUCAAUGGCGCUGUCAGCUGGACACGUGAUCUUAUGUGGAUGCUGAACUUGAAGAUUCAGCAGCAAGAGGAGCUUAUCAAUGCCCUCUACGAACGAGGUGGCCAGUUGCCUUUUGAGAUUACCGAUGAUGAAAGGAGGAUGCAAACCGAGCUUCUCGAGGCAAUGGCCAGGAUAGAUGAGACUACCGGACAGGCUAAAUCGCUGUCGUACUCCCGCACGGCGGGAUCUGGCCUGCGAGUACCGCAUCACACCGACUAUAGGGGCGAGCCCCUCAACAACAACAACAGCAACAACAGCAACAAUAGCAGCGGCACCAGCAACAACAAUAACAACGGCGCCGGCGGCAGCAGAAGCGGCAGCAGCAGCAACAGCAACAGCAACAGCAACAACAACAACAACGGAGUGGACCACGACUCGAUCAGUCCGGGAGAAAACGGCAAUGGAAUGACGCACGAUAUGCUCGACAGUGGCGACUUUGUCGACUUUGAGGACGACGGCAGCGGAGAUGUCUUUAGGGAGGAGGACGAGUUUGGUAUGGAUCUGACGGCCUAAUCAGAGACGGCUGGCCUCUGACUAGCAUUUUCUUGCAUUCUUCCCCCUUCCACUCGGGAGGUGCAAGGACCCCUAUUUCCUUUAAGAAUCUCGAUCAAGGCUAUGGUUUUGGCUCCGGGUUUGAGCCCCGCAUUUGCAUCAGCUUCGCAAUUUCUGGAGGGUUAUAUAGCAUAUCAGGGGUCGUUUGGGCGCAGUCUGGUCACGGCGCGGUCGGGUUGUUCUGGGAGGUUCGUCAGCCGGGACAUGUUUCCUGGCUUUCCGGUUAUUCCUUACUUGGCAAUGAUACCUCGAGGACUGGGCGUAAGGACAGGACACUUUGGGCAUUUCAACCUUUCAUUCUUGGUUUGACUUGGUUCCCAGCACUCUUAUUGCUUUCAGGCAUUGCCUUCUUUACGCAUACGCAUACAUCCUUAUUGGUAGCGGCCUGGGGUUAGCAGGCUCAUGAUAAUACCCUCUUCAAUACACAUGUGCAUCGUUC